UCUCAACCCGUGCAUUUCAUAGAAAUACAUAAAGAAAUAAAUCCGUUUUGUUUUCGUUGGCUUUGUUGGCACCAAGUGAGGAAGAGGAAUAUCCACAUACACAUAAAUAAUGUAUACGUAAUACGUAUAAGAUAUAAGCAACAUUUACGGGGGAAGUUCUCUCACCCCGAGAUUAGCUGAAUGGUAAAUUAGCUGACAUUACCGCGAUAAGUUCCGGGAUGGGCAACACCAUUCAAUGUCGUAACAUGGACUCGAGUGGAUACGUGUGUGAGAUUCGUCUGUGCCACUUUCUCCCAGUUUUCUCUUGUCUUGCCUUUUUUGCGAAAAGAAGACAACCAGUAGCUUAACUUUUAUUUGAAUACCAAAUGUAAUUAACAUUGCAAAAUUUAUUUUCCUUUGCAACACUCAUACUUUGCAAUCGACACAAAUGGAAAGAAGGAUAAAUUUCUGGUACCGUAUAAUCUAACGGGUGUGCAUGGAAGAAGAAGAUUACAAUGUUGGCUGCAGUGCUGGAAUAAUAAAAUAGUGCCAAAAAACGUUGCUCUCUUUUCUGAAAAGAAUGAAACAUUAUGAACAAAUAAUUAAGGAGUGCUUCCAGGAAAGAAAAUAGAUAUUUUACCUCUUCCAACAAAACUUGCAUUCCCCAUUUUUUACUUUUUGUUCACAGCUCGCUAACUUUUUCACUUUUGGGAAAUCAAAUUCAGAUGUGUGCUAGUUUCUAAUGGGUUGCAUGAUAUAAGGAACAAAGGAACAAGGGAAGACGGAGAAUGGUGGCCAAUCCGUGUUGCAUGCCACUGAAAGUGGGAGUAAAGAUCAUUACUCAUUUAUCUAUGGCGAUGGCAGUAGCAGUUGGGUUUAUGGGUGUCAGACUGAUCUCCAUAUCUUUGGAAGUGACAACUAAUCCUACUUUUCAGCAACAACAUCUGAGCUCUUCUCUAGAGUUUCAAAAUAGGGCAGAAGUUGUCUGGAAAUUGGAUCCCAUGAUGAAAGGAAGAUCUUUCCAGGAAGGGCUAAUCUAUCCAGAAGAAGAAAAAGACGAUGAAUCCCUUGCUCCCAGUGAACUUGGUGGACUCGCAGAGUUUACUUCUAGUCACAAUCUCCUUCGUAGCGCAGACGACGACGACUCCCUGUCCAGGGAUUUUAUGUUGCAGUACUCCAAAGCUAUGCUCGUCUGUGGACUUUUGGCCUUGUGUGCUGUCGUCUUCCAAUUUCUUUGCUCCUGUCUCCUCCUAUGUUUCAUUAAUUGGGACGAAAAAGCUCCCUCGCAAAUCUGGGUGGCCGUGAAUUGCAGCAUUCUCUUCUGCCUCACUUCCUGUUUGGUGCUAUUUCUCUGCGAGGGCAACUCCAUACCUGCCUACUCCACGGAUGAGAAAUUAUUCCUUGCCCUAGUUACUGCUGACACCCUCCUAUCCAUUUAUUUCCUAUUUAUUGUAAUGGCAUUUAUAUGAAGUCAUAAAUUUAUAUCGCAGAUUAAAUUCUUCAUGACCUAAGUUUGUGGGUCGUUCGUUUGUAAACACAUAGCUUUACUUCCACUCUGUCCAUCUACGUUUACUCCAAAUUAGUGCGUAAUCUCAGCUUGCGUUAUUUAACAAAUUCCGUUGAGAAAUUGUAUUUCACUUGUAUUUGUAAACCAAUUAUUGCAGUGAAAGGUGCCUAGUUCCAAUUUAUGUUUACACAAUCGACAUUGCUUUAUAUGACAGUGUGAAGUCCUGGAUCAAACUUUAGUGGUUAAUAUCGUGAAGUGACAAAAAAUUUUAUGAUGGACUUGUUAAAAAUAUAUUUUGUGCAUAUGUAAGACAACAUAAAUAUGUACAUAUAUGAACCAUCUACACAACAAGCUCCUACAACAUGACGAGUUUGUACUGUGGAGCAAAUCUGUGAGAGAAGUAUAACGGAGGAAAGUAUGUAAAGUGAAAUCAACUUGGUUUCAAAAUGAACGUUAUGGAGAGUUUCGGAACAAGUUUGCAGAUAUUUGUGUGGACAGAGACGGGGAACAACAAAACAGUACGAUAGCUCAAUGCUUGGGCCAAACCUCCUGAAUAAUACAUCACCUAGAAAACUUGAACUCCCGACCGUGCAGCAAUGGAAUAAAUAAUUUCUGCUUAACAACCCAAAAGCAACAACCACAGAAUAAAAUAUCCUACACCACAGAA